UCCCCAUCCAACUCAAUUUUUACUUUCCAAUUUAAUAACUUGUUAUUUUCAUAACACCAAAAAGCAAACACUAGAAUUAGUCGUCUCUUAGUCUUCAAUUCGUCAAAUUAAAAAUUAACAAUGACAAGAACUUGAGAUGUCACCUCUCAUUCAUUCUCCUUAUCCACAUCCUAGUUCUAGGCAAACUCAAGACUCUUCGCUUAGUCUCUUUGCCCUAAAUUAAACAAUCAAAUCCAAUUUUUAUAUUUAAUUAUUUAUUUCAAAUGUAAUUGAUUUUGUAUUCGAUAAUACCAAUUGGGAUAUUGAAGUACCGAUCGGAAUACCGGAAUAUUUAGCGAUUGAGAUUGGGAUACCGAAAUUAUUUAGGGAUUGAGAUUGGGAUUGACUUUCGGAAAUAAUUCGAUAUUCGGGAUUUCGGUAUUUGAUAUUGGGAUACCGAUACCGUACCGAUUUCCACCUCUAGUUACAAGUGAUUUUUUUUUGUCAAAAAAUAGAAUUUAAUGGAUUAUAUUUUAUUUUAAUAUAAAAUUUAGUUGUUUUACACAGAAGAAUCAUAUUAAUUGUAAUUUUGAAAUUUGUCAUGAAAUAUUUAACUAAGCAAUUGGAUUCACACUCUCGUUUCACUCCAUCUGCUUUUCAGAAAAAGCUAAAACGAAGAUGCCCACCCAAAAACGAGAAAGGGAAGUAGCUGCCCAGAGACGGCGGGAGGUAAGAGAAGGCGGAGCUCAGCUGAAACAACAGCAUAAAGUGAGUCGAGGGAUCGCCACCGGAGAAGAAAAGCGACGGAGAUUUAGCAAACAACACAACGCCUAUAGCUUAAGUGGUUCUGCAGCUACGAAUCGCCUUUUCUGUCGUUCAACGACGGCCGAUGGGCGGCGUAAAUCGGAGAUUCGACCAACCCUAGCAUGCUACAGAUCUGCGACUGGAGAAAUGUGAGUGAAAUGACACAGAGCGCACGAAGAAGAGGUUGAGCUUUAUACAACACGAGAGUGAGCUGUUGAAACUCGCAACCAGCUCGACUCAGCUCGAGCGAGGGUAUCAGCCGAAACUCUGUGGUAUUACUCUCUGGUAACCAAGUAAUUAGUGAAUUAGCAUCGUAGUUGCUCAUAAGCCAUGCAAGUGAAAUGGGUUUCUGCUUGUUUCCUCUCCAAGACCCUGAAACGGAAUCUGCUGCCGUUGCUAUUACUGUCUAUGCUGUGUUCAUGGCAAUGUCUCUCUGUUGAUCUCAAUCCACAAGACAAGGCUUCCCUGUUACUGAUUCGCUCGUGGAUUGAUGACCCAAACCAUGCAUUCUCAAGCUGGUUUGGUUCUGACUGCACAAAUUGGACUGGGAUUGCCUGCCACAACCACACAGGCCGAGUUAUCUCAAUAGAUUUCACCACCAUGAAUCUUUCAGGUCGAGUUCAUCCCAGUAUGUGCAAGCUUGCCCAUCUAGAGUCCUUGAUUCUUUCCAAGAACAGCCUUUUUGGUCAAGUCCCGGCAUGCUUUGGUUGGUUGAAGAACCUCAGAACCCUUGACCUGAGCCACAACAAAUUCCAUGGUGUUUUGCCUGAUAGUCUCAUGAGGCUUGGUCAGUUGAGAGAACUUAUACUGCGUGGGAACCAGGAUCUGGGUGGUGCUGUUCCGUCUUGGCUUGGCAAUUUCUCGACCGGUUUGGAAAAACUGGAUUUGGGUUUCAAUUCAUUCCAUGGUGAAAUGCCUGGUAGCUUGUUUCAGUCCAGGUCAUUGAAGUACUUGGAUUUUGAAAGCAACCAUUUAUCAGGUACCAUUGGUGAGUUCUCUCAGCCUUUGGUGUUCCUCAAUCUUGGGUCUAAUUUGUUUUCGGGUACUUUACCAUGUUACUCUGCCGCUGCUCGAUCCCUCAAGGUUCUUAAUCUGGCUAACAAUUCAAUUGUUGGAGGGAUUCCUACGUGCAUUGCUUCACUGGCUGAAUUGACUCAUCUCAAUUUAUCACUUAACCAUUUGAACUAUGCUAUAUCCCCUCGACUCAUCUUCUCUGAGAAGCUUCUUGUGCUGGACUUGAGUUUCAACGAUCUCUUUGGCCCUCUUCCAGCUAAGAUUGCUGCAACGACGGAGAAAUCAGGGCUCGUUCUUCUUGACCUAUCGCACAACCGUUUCACGGGCUCUAUCCCAUUGAAGAUGACAGAGCUGAAAAGCCUGCAGGCUUUGUUUCUCUCUCACAACUUGCUUACUGGUGAAAUUCCUGCUAGGGUUGGAAAUUUGACCUAUCUUCAGGUAAUAGAUCUCUCACACAACGCAUUGUCAGGUUCAAUACCUCUGACAAUUGUCGGGUGCUUUCAACUGCUUGCCCUGGUGCUUAACAAUAACAACCUCUCUGGCGAGAUUCAACCCGAGUUAGAUGCAUUGGACAGCUUGAAGAUACUUGAUAUAAGCAACAACAGGAUCUCAGGUGAGAUUCCUUUGACUUUAGCUGGCUGCAAGUCCCUUGAGGUCGUGGAUUUUGGUUCCAACAAUCUCUCCGGGAACAUCAAUGAUGCCAUCACCAAAUGGCUGAAUCUCAAGUAUAUCUCCCUUGCUCGGAACAAGUUCACCGGAAAUCUACCUAGUUGGUUGUUCUCUUUUCAAGCAAUCCAAAUGAUGGACUUGUCAGGGAACAAGUUCUCCGGCUUUAUACCAGAUGGUAACUUGAACGUGAGCGUUGAUUUCAACAAUGCAAGCUACAAUGGAACGAGACUUCCAUUGGAAUCACUUGAGAUACAGAUAUCUGUAGUUGUUGUUGGCAUCAACGAGUUAACCUUCAGUUACCAACUGCCGUCAACAGUUGGUAUUGAUCUAUCUGAUAACUUGCUACGCGGGGAGAUUCCAGACACCAUGUUUGGACUACGAGGAUUGGAGUACCUGAACUUAUCUUAUAAUUCUCUCGAUGGAGAGAUUCCGAAUCUGGAGAAAAUGUGGAGUUUGAGAGCUCUUGACCUGUCACACAAUGCUCUAUCUGGGGAGAUUCCGCAGAACAUCUCAAAUCUUCAAGAUCUUGCGGUUCUGAACUUGUCAUUCAACAGUUUUUCUGGGUCCGUACCGAAGAAUGAGAGUUACAAGAGGUUCCCGGGAGCAUUUGCUGGGAACCCACAUCUGUGCUUGGAGGGGGAAGGAUGUGAUGAUGAUGCAAAGCAGCUGGCGAUUCCUGGAAGGCCCUUUCGUGAAACGGAUGAUGAAGGACCGAUAUUGGCAUGGGUGUUCUGCUUGAGUGCUGUAGUUAGUUGCUAUUCUAGUCUCAUGGUUCUGUUCUGUUCGUCGAAAACAAGAAGGUACAUCUUCCACACGAAAGGUUCGUGUUGCGUUUGCAAGUAAAAUGCAGUCUGCUGAUUGGAUGUUGUAAAACUGACUUAUGGUUGUAUGUAUGAUGUAGCCAGUAGUGGCCAUGAGCUACCCAAUGAUGUAUUGUUAAUGCAGUUGCUAUGUAGUAUGUAAGCAAAGCAUUGUUGCUUUUUUCUUCUUCUCAACUAUGAAAAUCAACUUCAUUUUAGAAACAGGAACAGUUAGAAGCAUAUAGCCCAUAGUUCUUUAAGAUGGGAUCAAGACCAGUGAUGAACCAAACGAACUUAAACUCGCUUCAGAAAUUGUAGACAUAAGGAUCGUGUCAAAGAAUCCAUUGAGCGCACUUAUCCUUCUUCUGUAGCCUUUAAUCUGUUCGGUAAGGGGAGAGAUGAGACUCAAAAUCAUGGUCUUUGUCAUUAGGUUCAUAUUAUAAAUUCAACACAAUAUGAAGUAAAGAAUUACCAGCUAAUUCAGAGGCAGCCUGGAGUUGAUCUGAUACUGAUAGAGCUCUCAAGUCUCAACACCAUGCUCAACAGUUGUACAUGGAAGGUAAAAUAUCUCCGGUACCACUAAAGUAUGAGAAUUGUAGGAACUAUACCACUUAAAUAUGAAUAGGGUAUCACGUGAUACAGAACUUUAUUAUAUGUGCAUCCGGUACCACUUAAGUAUAUUGUUAAGUGCAUUCCGUUAAAAGAAUAUUCUGUUUUCUUCACAAUUGGUCCUACUUUUCUUAUUCUAAAAAAUCAAUCCUUUGGACUUAUGAAAAACAUAAUUUUUUUAUGGUUUAGUUGGAAUCCUCUUUUAAAGACUAUCAUCAAAUAAAUUUUUCAAUAGGAAAUUUAGAAUAAAUUAUCAUUAUAAAUAUUUUUAAUUAUCAUUAUGUGUUCUAAUAAUUUAAUUUUUUCUAAAACAAAUAUAUCCUAUAAAUUCUAUCUCGAUAUAAAUAAUCUGAGGAUGUUAAUUCUCUUACUGUGUCUAAUUUUCCAUGUUCAAUAUCUGUGUAAUUAUCUAAUAUUAUAGAUGUUCCAUAUUAGUUAAAUUUAGUAAUUCUAAUUCUCUUCAUAUAGUCAUGUUUUCUUUUAUAGAUUUGUUAUUGAAUGUUGUAGCUUUUAUAGUUUACUUAUUAAUUGGUUACUUUUCGUCUCUUUUCGUUCUAAAUUUUUUCAAUUACGAAAAUAUGUUUAAUUCUUUGUGAUUGCGUUCCAUUUAUCCUUCUUUGGUAUUGAUGAUAGCUGAUUAGGUUCUAUUUUAACUGUUUUUAGUGGUGCUUCUAAUUGGAUUAGGGGUUAAAAUAGCGCAUUUUCCAAUAACUGCCAGUCUAGCAUUCAUUGCCAAGCUCUGCAAUAUUAGCGCACCAUGACCAGUGGCAAUGACUACAUACUCAGCGAAAGGCAGCUUGACACAAAUACCUGAAUUCACCCAUUGCAGACUGCAAACAGCAAAAGCCUCAUGUAAUGAUAACCGGGCAAACAAAGUAUCCACGAAAUUGGCAUAUACAGCGAAAAACAUUAAUAUGUUCAGAAAAUUUCAAGAUUUAAACUGAUAGUAUAAUAUUAAUGCAUACUCAUGUUCUUCCUCGUAAAUAGAUUCAGCAACAUCACCAAAUUCCUCAUUAUUACCAGCCAGAUUCAUGUCAUCAUUUGAUUCUUCAGCAUCAUCAGAUGCGUCUCUGAUCCAUCCAUAUACAUAUCACUCGAUUCUUCACUAAGAAAUCAAGAGAACCAAGUUUAAACAGAUUCUAAGACUAACUCACACAUAGAAUUGGAAGAGAAGACGACUACGAUUUCUAUUUCAUCAGGCAAACGAAUAGGAGAACGCAGGAGACGAAUAUACAUGUGCUCUUCAUUGGAGGUGUGAUCGCUAAUCCAAGAAUCAAAAUACUUGUCCGAGUCACUUUCGCCGUACGUGUAGUACUCCACAUAUAUCUCACCGUCAGAAAUCGUAGUUAGUGGAGCAAGAAUCAAUGACGAGAAAGCCA